CUUCACUCACAGAGAUCUCAUUAUAGGUGCCCUGUGAGAGCCUACAAGUUUGAACUUCUUCUCCAAAAAGGACAAUCAAAACAGCACAAUGCGUGAGUGUAUCUCUAUCCAUGUUGGCCAGGCUGGUGUCCAGAUGGGCAACACCUGCUGGGAGCUGUACUGUCUGGAGCACGGCAUCAUGCCUGACGGCCAAAUGCCAGAAGCAAAGCCCUCCGGAGGCUACAACAACUCCUUCACCACCUUCUUCAAUGAGACAGGCACAGGAAAGUAUGUCCCCAGAGCCAUCUUUGUCGACCUGGAGCCUACUGUGAUUGAUGAGGUUCGUACAGGCCCAUACCGACAGCUUUUCCACCCUGAGCAGCUGAUCUCAGGAAAGGAGGAUGCUGCCAACAACUACGCCCGCGGUCACUACACUGUCGGAAAGGAGCACAUUGACAGUGUACUUGACAGGAUCCGCAAACUGUCUGACCAGUGCACAGGGCUGCAAGGUUUCCUGGUCUUCCACUCCUUCGGAGGAGGAACUGGUUCUGGCUUCACCUCUCUGCUGAUGGAGCGCCUCUCAGUAGACUUUGGCAAGAAGUCCAAGCUGGAGUUUGCCAUUUACCCAGCUCCUCAGGUGUCUACAGCUGUGGUGGAGCCAUACAACUCCAUCCUGACCACUCACACCACCCUGGAGCACUCCGACUGUGCCUUCAUGGUGGACAACGAGGCCAUCUACGAUAUCUGCCGCAGGAACCUGGACAUUGAGCGUCCGUCAUACACAAACCUGAAUCGCCUCAUCAGCCAGAUUGUUUCCUCCAUCACCGCCUCUUUGCGCUUCGACGGCUCCUUGAACGUGGACCUGACAGAGUUCCAGACCAACCUGGUGCCCUACCCUCGUAUCCACUUCCCUCUUGCCACAUAUGCUCCAGUAAUCUCAGCAGAGAAGGCUUACCAUGAGCAGCUCACUGUGACUGAAAUAACCAACUCCUGCUUUGAGCCAGCCAAUCAGAUGGUGAAAUGCGACCCUCGUCACGGCAAGUACAUGGCCUGCUGCCUGCUGUACCGUGGCGACGUGGUGCCCAAAGAUGUCAAUGUGGCUAUCAGCAACAUCAAAACCAAGCGUUCAAUCCAGUUUGUGGACUGGUGUCCCACUGGCUUCAAGGUUGGCAUCAACUACCAGCCUCCCACUGUGGUUCCAGGAGGAGAUCUGGCCAAAGUGCAGAGGGCGGUGUGCAUGCUGAGCAACACCACCGCCAUCGCCGAGGCCUGGGCUCGACUCGACCACAAGUUCGAUCUGAUGUACGCCAAGAGGGCCUUCGUCCACUGGUACGUCGGAGAGGGGAUGGAGGAGGGAGAGUUCUCAGAGGCCAGAGAGGACAUGGCUGCCCUGGAGAAGGAUUACGAAGAGGUCGGUGUCGACUCAUAUGAAGACGAUGAGGAUGGGGAGGAGUAUUAAAAACAGAGCUGUAUUAAAGAAAGGGUAGCGAUCUCUCAGAAUGUAAUGAUUGUGAUAAUGAUUUUGAACAUAAAGGUGCAGAUGCAGACCAUUAAUAAACACUAAUGUCAUUGCUGAGCAGUAGUUUGUCCAAACUCAAUCCCAUGGUGUUUGGUAUAUUGAAAUAUUAUUCUCCAUUGAGAGAGAAUGUGUCUUUACCUCCUUUUCUAAAUAAAGCUGUUUACACCGA